AUGGAAAAUAAAGGUCAAGGGCGGAUAUACUUUGGGGAGGAUUUAGGAGCACGGGAUGAAUUCAGGCUGAGAAAUCGAACACCUCACGAGCAAAAAUCGAACGGAAUUUGGUCUUCUGACCUCACGCGACCUCUUCUGACCUCACGCGACCUCGCCGUCAUGCCGGCUUCACGACCUCCCCGUCACGCCGGCUUCACGACCUCGCCGUCACGCCGUCUUCACGACCUCGCCGGACUCUUCAGGACCUCGCCGGAAUUUGGAUUUCCUUCAUAUGUUCAAGCCUCUAUUGCUGCCAACACCUGGGUUGUAAGUGGUACUCCUCAGAGUAAGAAUUUCUUUCUCAACCCCCAAUGUCCUCCAAAUAGUUAUCACAGUCCCGAUAACUUGGAGAAUUUGAAGAAAUUGGCGGAACAAUUCCAGAAACAGGGUCCCACUGCUGGUGAAAGUGUGCCACAAGCAAUUGAUGAUGAUGAUGAGGUGCCUGAGCUUGUUGCUGGCGAGACUUUCGAAGCUGCUGCCGAGGAGAGCGACACCCAAAAAGCAUCUUAAAUUCAAUGGCUCCUUCAAUUUUUAUACUGUAUGCCUAUAUCAAGUGUUUCGAAAAUCUUUUAAUAGAUGGACCCAUAACAAAAUUGUGGUUCUAUUUGCUUUCUGUUGGUUAUUAUUCCAUUAUUCAAAAGGGCUCUUUGCGCAUUUUAGCCAUUCUCGACUGAGUUGUUUUGAAACUUGAGGUCGUAAGAGUAUGUGUGGGUCCAUUGAGAGUGGUUAGUAGUAAGAAGGUAGUGCCUAAGAGGAGCUCUUUUGUGGUUGUCCUCGAUUUUGUGCUUUUGUGUUGUAAAAUGUUGGUUUUAACAUUUUUUUUUUGUCAAGUUUGUGCCUCUAGUGGGUUUGGUUCCAAGGCCAUUUUAAAUUUGAACUGCUGCUUGGUUGAAAUGUCUUAUUUCGAUUUCAUUGUCAACUAAGA